AGCCUUCUUACAGUCGCCAACACCACCUCUCCUGGGCUGUACAAAAGUGCGAAAAAAUGGAUAACCGUGCUAUAAGACUCAACCCUAAUACCCGGCGCAACCUCUUCGCCGCCCACACUGCCCAGCAACAACCACCCACCUCACGACGCCAGAACCAAAACGCCCCUUCAGUCCGCCCCGACAGCCGCGAGAUUCAACAAGACAUUUUCACGCAACCCGCUGAAGACGAACUGGUCGAGAAGGAUGCACAGGGAGACUACAUCAUACAUGCGCCAACCCCCGUGUACAAGAACAUGGGCACGGCCAGCCUUGGGCCAGAGGGAGAUGAAGAGGGAGAACAUGAGAACGAGUUGAUUGAAAUGUACGGCAAGCCGAAUGUGCACUGGGCUGCAGCGGGGGUUGAAGAAGAGAUCAGGAUUGCGCUGAAGAGUAGCUUGAGGAAAAAGGUAGCGAGCUUAGAGGAUGACAGGUGGAUGUUCCAAUCAGAGAGCGAGAGCAAGAAGUGAAGUUUGUUUGGGCAACAUAUACAUGGCGCUGCGAGGAGUUUGGCUUUACGAUACCCUUGGCACUAUGUUUUGAAUCAUGGACGACAUUGAUAUUAGCCGGAUCAGUUGUGAGCUCUUGGAAGUGCUGGGUCACGACAGAAGUAAUACAUUUUUCAGGC